AUGGAUCUCUCCAACCACAUAUCACUCUUCGAUACUAAAGCAACUGCCCUGACUAGCUGCACCUCGAUACCUCUAGAUGGCGAACGGGAUGACUCUUUGGGCUUGGCUGGCGCCAUUUACCGGAGAGCCCAGGAGAACCCCAGUGCGCCGGCCAUUGAAUUCGACGGCGAAACAAUCAGUUAUGCGCAACUACACUGCCGUGCAGCUUUGCUUGCUAAACAAUUGACCCGAAAGGGAGUUAGCCGGGAAGAGGCAAUCGGAAUCAUGACCGGAACCGGGUUCGAGCAGAUCGUGGCCCAGGCUGCGGUGGUUUAUGCCGGGUGCACUUGCUGCGCUCUCGACCCAACACUGCCGUUCGCGCAGCUGCAAUAUCGCUUGACCAACGCCGGAGCUCGGAUCUGUCUGGUCGAUCAGGAAAACAGCAAUCGGUUGAAGGAGUUCGAGGUGAUCGCGAUCCGACUCGAGGGCAUCACGCCGAGCCAAGUAACCGCUGAGUUGGCAGUGCCGCCGAGGGCGAUGGGCACUGAGCAUCGAACCCACCUGAUGCACACCUCUGGUUCGACGGGCAAGCCCAAGACGGUUCAGAUCCAAGCAAGGGCUCUACUGCAUUUAUCUCGGGAUGAUCGCAAUGUGCCCAUCGGGUAUGAAGACCGGACGGCUCAGAUGGCCAUGGUCAGCUUCGAUAUCUCUUUGUUCGAGAUCUGGGUGACCUUGCUACGUGGGGCCACGAUUGUGCCCGUCUCUCGCACCCUGCUGUCGGACGUGGCGCGUUUGGCUCGCACAUGGCGUGAGCUUCGGGUGACUGUCAUGCUGGUUCCCGCAUCGCUGCUACCUAUGGUCGUCUUCGCCAUGCCCACCGUGUUCUCCGGCAUGCAGGUGGUCUAUAGCGGUGGCGAGAUGCCAAACCUUCCCGCGAUGAAGAUGGCCCUGGAGCAAGGGCCCCCCAACCAUCUUUUCAAUUGCUACGGUCCUACGGAGUGUUGUAUCUUCUCUCUCGUACACGAGGUCACCCUGAAAGACACGAAGAAUAGUGUUUGUCCGCUCACCCGGCUCAUCUCGGACACUCGGAUCGAGAUCCUGGAUCCCAGCGGCCAACCCGUGCCGGAUGGAGAUUCCGGUGAGCUCUUCAUCGGGGGUGACGGCGUGUCUCCCGGGUAUGUCAACCUGGCCGAUAAGACCGCCGAACGAUUCGUGACCACGCGCCAAUACCCGGCACUGCCUUCGGGCUGCAACUUCUACGCCACCGGCGAUCUGGUCCGCCGGACCGGGACCGGGGAGAUCUACGUUCACGGCCGCAUUGAUAACCAGGUCAAGAUCCGGGGGUACCGCGUGGAGCUGGAAGGCGUCGAGGCGGCUAUUAUGGACACGGGCCUCGUCACGACCACGGCCGCCUGCAAGGUACAGCGGGGCGAUGACGAUCUCGGGGCUGCCUUGGUUGCUUUCGUCAUUCCCAAGAACCCUAAUACGUUCACCCCAGACCAACUCACCGAUGCGCUGAAAGUGCAAGUAGCCGAGUACCUGGUCCCGCAGGUCGAGGUAUGCACCGAGAUGCCGCUCAACGGCCAUACCAAGAUUGACCGAGAACGGCUAGUCCGCGAGUUCCUCGAGGCCGCGACGAAGCGCCAAUUGGAGAUGGCGGGAACCCAGGACGCGUCGACAACGAUCAGCAGGCUCCGAAAGAUUUGGCAUUCCGUUCUGCCCGGCUGUUCACGGCACAUCGAAGACGGAGACACGUUCCACGCGCUGGGCGGCACCUCCCUCCAGGCCGCCAUGCUGCUGAUCCGCAUGAAGCGCGAGUUUUCCGUGGAAUUGACAGCCGUCAUGGUGUACGAGCAAUUUACGUUGGCUCAGAUGGCGCGCUAUGUCGACGAGGGUGGCGCCAAGUAUACGAUCCAUGCGGCACACAACCGGGCCUAUCGCCAGGACGUCGAUAUCUACAAGUCCCUGGCUCUCCAGCCUCUGUCGGGUCAGCCGCCGCAAUGGGACGGCCCCUUCGAGGGCCGCAUCUUUAUGACCGGUGCCACCGGGUUCGUGGGCGCCUUCCUGCUUCAAACCCUCCUGACCCUCCCCGAGGUCAAGAUGGUUGUGUGCCUGGUGCGGGCGAAAAAUGAUGAGAAGGCCCGAAACCGCGUCAUGGGGGUUCAAACACAAUAUAACCUGUGCCAAAGUUCGGUGGACUAUUCGAAGCUGGUCGCCGUGGCUGGGGACCUUGAUAGCCCAACCUUAGGGCUAGGCGGGGAGCUCUUCCACCAACUCGGCUACUGGGCCUCGUGCAUCUUUCAUUCUGGGGCGCAUGUCAACUACGCCCAGCCGUAUCAGUCUCACCGUGACGCCAAUGUCUUGGGAACAGCGAAUAUCCUCCGGUUCCAAGCCACCGGCCGGCCCAAGCGGCUGUUCUACCUAUCGACGCUCAAUAUCUACGGGCCCACCGGUCUGGUCGACGGGUACACUCGCGUGGGGGAGAACGAUCCGAUCACAAAGUUCAUGGAUGCCGUGCAGUACGACAAUGGCUACGCACAGAGCAAGUGGGUAGCGGAGAAGAUGGUCAUCGACGCCAUUCGAGACAACUUCCCCAUCAGCAUCUUCCGCCCCGGCGCCAUCUUCUGCCACAGCAAAACCGGCACUGGCAACGGGACGGACUUUGUCGCCCGUCUGAUGGCUAGCUGUAUGCGUCUCAAGCAUUACCCCACCAUGCCCCAGCAAAGCAAGAACUUCGUCCCCGUGGACUACCUGGUAGACGCUAUCCUGCACCUGUCCCGACAGCAGUGUAGCCUCGGGCAGGCAUAUAACGUCGUCCCGACACUCCACGAGCAGCCAGAAAAUGAGAUGAGAGACAUGUUUCACAUGCUCGAGAAGGCCUGCCAAACCCCAAUGAAGGAGAUGCCGUAUGAUAAGUGGCUGGAGCUGCUCAAGACCCUGGAUGACAACAAUGAUCCUCUCCGUCCCCUUCUCCCCAUGCUGGAGGAAAAGGUCUUCGAAAACCACUGCCGCUGGGAAAUGUACUCCAAAAUGCCCAUCUACGGAACCGAGAACUUGACGCGGGAUCUCCGCGAUGUGCCGGGCCUGGCACAGUUCCCCGUCUUGGAUCAACCCCUUCUCAACCGUUUCCUGUCCGAGCUCAAUCUGAUUUGAGUGGUGAACACGUUGGAUUUGACCUCGGGAUAUACAGUGCCCUAGGUUUCGGUCACCAAGUCGCGACAGAGAAUGUCAUAUUACCCUUUCCUCCUGAUUGUUUUGGUCAUGACCCGAUCUGCCUUAGCACAAUCAUGGAGUUAAUUUUCCCAGUGUCUAUCGAACCCCC